CGAACAGAGCUGUGUGUAUGGUCGAGGGACACAGAGGGAGAGGAAGGGCCUGUGUUAUCUAACUAAACCCGGAAAAACAACAGCCAGUUCUGCUGAAGGAUUAGCUCCUUGUCCGUGCUGUAAGUGAACCAAGAAUAACACAGAUUACAGAUCAUGUCCCUGUCCUCUGCGAUUGUGUUGCCCCUGCUGAUAGUCGUGGCAGCGGGGGUGUAUUACAUCUACAAUGAGGUCAUGCGGUUCAUGUCCAAGUCCUUAGUGCGAAACAAAGUGGUGGUGAUCACUGAUGCUGUGUCAGGGGUGGGAACUGAAUGUGCCCAUCUCUUCCAUAAGGGCGGUGCCAGACUGAUCCUGUGUGGGACUAGCUGGGAUAAACUGGAGUCCCUGUAUGACUCUUUGACUAAUGACGCUAACCCUAGAGAGACGUUUGCCCCAAAACUGGUGAUCCUGGACUUUAGUGACAUGGACAGCAUGGAGGAGGUGGUGACUGAGGUGGUGGAGUGUUACGGCUGUGUGGACGUGCUGAUCUUCAACAGCAGCUCGAAGCUGAAGGCUCCGGUGCAGAGCGUCUCCCUGGAACUCGACAGAAACAUCAUGGACAUUAACUACUUUGGUCCCAGCACUUUGGCCAAAGGUGUUCUUCCAACAAUGAUCUCAAGAAGAUCUGGGCACAUCGUAUUGGUCAACAGCAUCCAGGGCAGACUGGCUGUCCCCUUCAGAAGUUCCUAUGCGGCGUCUAAGCAUGCAGCACAGGCCUUCUUCGACUGUCUGCGCGCUGAGGUGGAGGAGUAUGGGAUAGCUGUCAGCACAAUCAGUCAUACCUUCAUAAAUGCCUCCAACACGCUGUCAGCUGAACAACCGGCCCCUAAACAAAACAGCCUGGCUGCAUUUAUUACCAGCCAGUUGAACCAUGGCGUGCGCCCGUCAGUCCUGGCCAAUGAAAUAAUGCAAACAGUGAACAGGAAGAGGAAGGAGGUUGUGCUGGCCCACCCCAUCCCCAGGGUGGCCCUCUACCUCCGCUCCCUCUUCCCCCCCUUCCUCUUUGCUGUGCUGGCCGCUGGAGUGAAGGACUCAGCCUUGGCUGAACAGAUGCAAUAGGAGAAAGACAGAAAUGCUAAGAGUUAGAGAGAGAAAGAGAUGUAAAUGAAGCAUGUUUGGAAAUGUCUGAUAUUUAAGGGUAUGUGCUUGAUAUAAAGCUGGAUCACCAACUGGGUAAAAUGGGUAACUGCCUUGUGGCCCCAAGCUCUCAGGGUUCCCAAAGGCUUCAGGUUUACCAUACAGCAAUUAAUCUGUGAUCAUAGUAUAGACAAUAUGACAUAUAAACAUACUUUGCUUGGAAUAGUAAUCUGACUGAUGUUAUGACUGUUUUUUUUAACAAAAAAGUUUAAUUAUCUAGGUAAAUAUUCAUUUGAAUAUGCAAAUAUUUUUCA